GUCUAGAAUUAUUACGAAUGUACAUGGAGGGGACGAUGCAUACUACAGAAUUAACCUUGUAAAGAUGUGUUGUAUAGAUAAACAACUGAGUAUAUUAUAAUUUAUAGAACAGUACAAUAUCGAAUACUGUGCUGAAUGUUGGCAAUGUUAUUUCAGUUUUUGUUGUUCUUGACUAUGUUCGAUUGACAUUAAUUGAAAUUUGGUAUAAGGUGUUUGUACUGACGAGAUAGUGAUUUUGACUUAAAUAAUUAAAUAAACAAACAGGGCUUCAGCUUCAAUUUGGUUCGUUCUUGUGUAAAAACUUACAGCAAAAUUAUACAUAAACUGAUAGCAAUAAAGUUAAAAUAGUUUCAGUACCAUGUCUGUAGUCUUAACUAGAUUAUCGAUCUCCUUUCUGGUGUUAGCUAUAGACGCGUGGCACAUUUUCCUGGAGACGGAUGGCGCGCAAAUACUCGCAGUGGUACCAGAUCCCUGGACUAGUCAAUGUAACGUGCUGAAGGGUAUGUUUCGAGCUUUGACGGAUCGUGGACACAACGUGACAGUUUUCACGUUUUUCGUGGACGGCGACCGUCAGAAUUACAACGAAGUACACUUGUCGAACGCGACAUAUUCUGUUAAUGUUGAUAUGGAUUUCCAAGAAAUAAAUAAUUGGUACAUCACGCCAAUAAGUUCUUUUUCCGCUGAGUUGAACACGACGAGGAAUAUAUGUCAAGUCGUCUACAACGACGACCGCAUGAGAGAAAUCUUAAGCAAAGGCGAAAAUUCUCACUUUGACCUGGUAAUCACGGAAACACUGCCCACGUCAUGUAUGGAUAACGUAGCGGCCACGCUGAAACUGCCCAUGAUCUACAUAAUGCCUUCAGUUAUGCUCACGUACCUUGAACGGGCCCUAUACGGGCACAUGCCAAAUCCUGCCGUUUCGUCUCAUUUAACCGCUCCGUACGCCUGGCCCAAGUCUUUCCGUGAACGGCUGACCAAUACUUUCAUAUACUUAGGCUCGUUGUACGUUUUGGCGAGGAGUGAGAACGGCUUAAAGAAAACUAAUCCACAUCCAUUCGAUAAUAUGCAACCAGUCGAAUCAUCGCUCACAUUUGGUAAUAUUUAUUACAUCACCGAACCAUCUAGGCCCUUGCCCCCAAAUUUCAUAGGAGUCGGUGGCAUACAUCUGGUUUCGUCUAAACCAUUACCAAACGCGGAUGGCUCGCGAAUACUCGCAGUGGUACCAGGGCAAUGGGCUAGCCACUGGAAUGUGCUGAGGGGCGUGUUUCGAGCAUUGACGGAACGCGGACAUCACUUGACGGUUUUUACGUUUUACUCAGACGGAGACCGUCAGAAUUACAACGAAAUCGAAUUGACCAACGCAAGUUUCGUUAACGUCGGUUUGGAUUUCCAAAAAAUGUCAAAAAAAACGUUGCUCACUACUCCUCUGAGUGCGUUCUCCGGCUUGUCUUACAUAACGAGAAGUAUAUGUAAAAUCGUCUACAACGACAGCCGCAUGAUAGAAAUCUUAAGCCAACGCGAAAAUGCUCACUUUGAUCUGGUAAUCACAGAACCGGUGUGCUCGUUGUGCGUGGAUUACGUAGCGGCCACGCUGAAAAUGCCCAUGAUCUACAUUAUACCUUCGGUUAUGCUCACGUACCUUGAACGGGCCCUAUACGGGCACAUGCCAAAUCCUGCCGUUUCGUCUCAUUUAAUUGCUCGGUACGCCUGGCCCAAUUGUUUUCGCGAUCGGCUGACCAACACAUUGUUAUACUUGGGCUUGUCGUACGUUUUGGCGAGCAGCGAGACCGACUUAAAGAAAACCAAUCCACAACCAUUCGACAAUAUGCAACCGGGCGUAUCAUCGCUCACGUUCUCUAAUACCCAUUACAUCACCGAACCAUCUAGGCCCUUGCCUUCAAACAUCAUACAAGUCAGUGGCAUACAUCUAUUCUCGCCUAAACCCAUACCAACCGAUAUACUAGAAUUCAUUGAAAAUUCACCACACGGAGUUAUCUAUUUUACUUUUGGAUCGGUUGUGUCGAUGUCAACACUGCCCGACCAUAUUCAAAAAGCGUUUAAAGAGGCACUGGCCCAAGUUCCACAACGAGUUCUAUGGAAAUACGAAGGUGAAAUGAAAGACAAACCAGCGAAUGUGAUGACAAGCAAAUGGUUCCCGCAACGCGAUAUACUUUUGCAUCCAAACGUAAAGCUGUUCAUCAGCCACGGUGGUAUAUCGGGUGUAUACGAGGCCGUGGACGCCGGUGUGCCCGUGCUGGGAUUUCCGUUGUUCUACGACCAACCGAGAAACAUCGAGAACUUAGUCGAAGCCGGAAUGGCCAUAUCCUUGGAUUUGCUGAAAGUGACCAAAAAACCGUUUUUGGACGCCGUUACCGAACUGAUCAACAACAAAUCGUACGCGGAAAACGCCAAAAUCACAUCGGAGCGGUUCAAGGACCGACCGAUGACACCUGCAGAAUCUGUGGUUUACUGGACCGAGUACGUCAUCCGGCACAAAGGAGCACCGCACUUAAGGUCACACGCCCUGGAUCUGACGUGGUACCAAUACUUUCUGCUAGAUGUAAUUGCCGCGUUACUCUUGGCAUUGUCGAUUGCUGGCUACGUUGCGUACAAAGUUCUUAAGCUCAUUUACAGUUUAGCGUCUGGACAAUUGUUGAAAAACACAAAGCACAAAGCCGAAUAGUAAAAUUGAUAAUUCAUCGAACGACCAUUCUCGUUGCUUGAACUUGAAACACUCAAGUGUAGUUUAAAAAGCUAUCGAAAUAAUAGUAGCUGAACUUUACUUGAUUGUCUGGUCAAAAUGGCGAGAACGACCGAAAAUUUCUAUAAAAUUGUUAUAUAUUUAGUUAUAAGUUAUUAAAUUUUUAUAUGUGCAAUAAUGUUAUAAUAUAUAUAUAUAUAUAUGGUGUACGAAUUAUGUAAUUAGUUGUUAAAAAAUAUUGGUCUUUAUUUAUAUUACAUAAGUAUUCUUUACAAUUUUUACCUUUCGUUUGUCGCCAAUAUAGGUAUUUUACUGUAAAAUAUCACUAUAGUUUACUGCUUCCGCGAUACAUAGACAUAAAAUCAUACUACAAAUCUCAAAUCAAAAGUAGUAUUUAUGUAUAGACCAUUUUUUAUAUUUACUAUUAUUUGUCAAAUUAGUAUUUCACUUUUGAACCCUAAAGAUGCAGUUACAGUUA